AUGGCCACCGCUGCAUCCGCGGCCGCGCCGCUACUCAAUGGGACCCGAAGACCUGCGCGGCUCCGCCAUCGCGGACUCCGCGUGCGCUGCGCCGCUGUGGCGGGCGGCGCGGCCGAGGCACCGGUCUCCACCGGCGCGCGGCUGUCCGCGGACUGCGUCGUCGUGGGCGGCGGCAUCAGUGGCCUCUGCACCGCGCAGGCGCUGGCCACGCGGCACGGCGUCGAGGAAGUGCUUGUCACGGAGGCCCGUGCCCGUCCCGGCGGCAACAUCACCACCGUCGAGCGCCCCGAGGAAGGAUACCUCUGGGAGGAGGGUCCCAACAGCUUCCAGCCCUCCGACCCCGUUCUCACCAUGGCCGUGGACAGCGGGCUGAAGGAUGACUUGGUUUUUGGGGACCCCAACGCACCGCGGUUCGUGCUGUGGGAGGGGAAGCUGAGGCCCGUGCCAUCCAAGCCCGCCGACCUCCCGUUCUUCGAUCUCAUGAGCAUCCCUGGCAAGCUCAGGGCCGGUCUCGGCGCGCUUGGCAUCCGCCCGCCUCCUCCAGGCCGCGAGGAGUCAGUGGAGGAGUUCGUGCGCCGCAACCUCGGUGCUGAGGUCUUUGAGCGCCUCAUUGAGCCUUUCUGCUCAGGUGUCUAUGCUGGUGAUCCUUGCAAGCUCAGUAUGAAGGCUGCAUUUGGGAAGGUGUGGCGGUUAGAAGAAGCUGGAGGUAGUAUUAUUGGUGGAACCAUCAAGACGAUUCAAGAGAGGGGCAAGAAUCCGAAACCACCGAGGGAUCCCCGUCUUCCGAAGCCAAAAGGGCAGACAGUUGCAUCUUUCAGAAAGGGUCUUGCCAUGCUUCCAAAUGCUAUCACUUCCAGCUUGGGUAGUAAAGUCAAGCUAUCAUGGAAACUCACGAGCAUUACAAAAUCAGAUGGCAAGGGAUAUGUUUUGGAGUAUGAAACGCCAGAAGGGGUUGUUUCGGUGCAGGCUAAAAGUGUUAUCAUGACCAUUCCAUCAUAUGUUGCUAGCAACAUUUUGCGUCCACUUUCAAGCGAUGCUGCGGAUGCUCUAUCAAGAUUCUAUUAUCCACCAGUUGCUGCUGUAACUAUUUCGUAUCCAAAGGAAGCAAUUAGAAAAGAAUGCUUAAUUGAUGGGGAGCUCCAGGGUUUUGGCCAAUUACAUCCACGUAGUCAAGGAGUUGAGACAUUAGGAACAAUAUACAGCUCAUCACUCUUUCCAAAUCGUGCUCCUGCUGGUAGGGUGUUACUUCUAAAUUACAUAGGAGGUGCUACAAACACAGGAAUUGUUUCCAAGACUGAAAGUGAGCUGGUAGAAGCAGUUGACCGUGACCUCCGGAAAAUGCUUAUAAAUCCUACAGCAGUGGACCCUUUAGUCCUUGGUGUCCGAGUUUGGCCACAAGCCAUACCUCAGUUCCUGGUAGGACAUCUUGAUCUUCUGGAGGCCGCAAAAUCUGCCCUGGACCGAGGUGGCUACGAUGGGCUGUUCCUAGGAGGGAACUAUGUUGCAGGAGUUGCCCUGGGCAGAUGUGUUGAGGGCGCUUAUGAGAGUGCCUCGCAAAUAUUUGACUUCUUGACCAAGUAUGCUUACAAGUGA